UCCACUUUUGCAUACAAUCAACUCUAGCCAGACAGAACGAGAACGGGCAGUGUCGGGUUUCGAACGAACGUAGACACAUCAGUGGGAACCAUCUCGUUGCUAGAAAGCUCGUAUUCCUGUUGUUACAUACUGGGUGUUAGGAGCUAAACCAUAGAAGACACGGUACUCAAUAUAGUACACUAAAUAGCAUUUGUUCUUGCCACAGCUUCAUUCCACUGAUAACUGAUAACAUUGCUUCAAUUGUUGAAGUUAUUACCAUAGGUUGCAGUGUGGCUUUCAUUCGUCGAUAACGGGAAAGAAUUGUACGAGAAACCCAUUGCUUACAUAGACGUUUCAGUUCGCCUUGUUCGUGUAGCCGUUGAAAUUUUGAAUCGUCUUUGCUCCUAAUCUUUCUCAAUUAUUCACACAAGUUUCAUACACACAAGUUAUAUGGAUGUCUGAGCUUUACUUCUUGCGACACGGUCAGCGAAUAGACCAUGCUCCAGCAGGAUCCAAAUCGUUGGCUACAGAGUACCAGAGCUAUGAUCCAUCGCUUUCACGAGAUGCCGAGGCUCAAAUCGAAGAGCUUACAUCAGAAAUCCUCGACAUCACCCGAGCUUUCUCUGAUAAAUGCACUUCCAGACGUAAGAACAUCUUUGUCCAUUUCAGUCCGUAUUUGCGAUGCUGCCAGACGGCUGAUCUCAUAGUUUCUGAACUCAAGCUCCUUCUUCCAGAGAAGUACCCAGAUUUCAAUGUUAAGUACCAAUUGCUCUGUGACUUUGCUCUCAGUGAGUGGAUCCAUGAUAAAAUGAAAAACAAGCCACCGUUUGUCGACUCCAAUGAAGCGUACCAGAUGUAUACCCCGAAUUUGAAGCUUUUGAAGAAUCGUUCCAACUGCUCUAACUUUAGACCUACCACUACUCUUGGGCCAUAUAAUGGACCAGAUCUAAGCUACAGAGAUUACCAGUCUCGAUGUAAGGACUAUUUCAAACGACUUCUAGCCACUUACGAAAAGGGCUCGUAUAUCGAGAAUAGGGAUAUCAUCAUUGUAGUGUCCCACGGCUAUGCAAUAAACAACUUCUUGUCUUAUUUCAUAAGCCAUCCAAUUUUCGAUGAAAUACCCGAAGCUAAAAUUAAUCUUGCAAGAAGAGUACACUACAGUGAAGCGGAUGAUGAUGAGAAAGAAUUUGAUCAAGAAGAUUAUACCUGGAAACUAGUGAAAGAUGCCAUGAAUAUGGCAGAUGGAAGUCUGGACACGACGUUAAAUCUAGAAACUGAUAUCGUUUAUUACAAAACAAACUUCAUAAAGAGAGACGAACUUGCAACGGAAAUGGCCAACUCAAGCAGCAGACAGACAACAACGGCUGUUGUCAAACCGCGUGCUUCUUUCAAGAUUGAAAAUGAUACGAAGAAGCCAAGGAAUCCGAUUUGUCUUGCGGCCAAGAACUGGGAUGUGACAACUGCUAACAAGUUCAAGAUAAGGGCGGAGUUCCAGUUGAAACACAUGAACGACGAAUCGUUCAGGAAGGAUUUCGAUUUGAACAAACGUCCUUCAAAGCCCGUAAGUCCUGAAAUCUCACCAAACUCGGAGCCUACUCGUAAUAAUUCCUUGGUGGACUUGUCGAAGUUGUUGUCUAAUGAAGAAAUAUAUAAGCCAUUCAAAACAAAGUAUUCCAAUGCUUUUGAGAUUCCCAUUCACAAGUUGAACUCUAAAGUUAACUCUCAAGUGAAUCUUGCGCAAUACCAGAGGGAGUACCAUUCUUCUAACGAUGGCUCAUAUAUUGAUUUAGCUAAGUUAAGUGCAAACGCUAAAGCUUCACGAAAG